AUGCUUCAUUGUGUCAAACUCGUUUUAUGCUUAACAUUCCUCUCUUGCGAGGCACAUGUGAUUCGUUCGAAAGAUUCAGCGGAUGCUUCUAAUGUAUUCGGCUUGACAGGCUUAGCAAAGAACAAUGCAACUGAUGCCACGUUCAUGCAAGGUGAUAUUGCAAUGCCGAAACAGGAUGGUCGAACUGCGUUUAUCCGAAGUUCGAAAUGGCCCGAUGGUACCGUACCUGUUGAAUUCGAUUCAUCUUACUCAACCGCUCAGAAGAAUAUUAUUAUUGGUGCUAUGUCGGAAAUUACGAAAAACACGAAUAAUUGUAUUCGAUUUGUCUGGCGCACUACUAAUCACCCAGUUUGGUUAAGAAUUUUUCCUGGCCAAGGAUGUUGGUCGUACAUGGGCAAAGCUAUGCAGAAGGGUCCUCAGGAUCUAUCACUUCAAAUUCCUGGCUGUGUUCACCAUCAGGUAGCAUUACAUGAGUUCAUACAUGCUCUUGGCUUCGUUCAUGAGCAAACUCGUCCCGAUCGAGAUCAAUAUGUACGCAUACAAACUCAAAAUAUUGUAUCAGGUCAGGAUCAUAAUUUCGAUGUGUUCUCUAGAACUGACACAAACAUGCUGGGUCUGCCAUAUGACUUUGGAUCCAUAAUGCAUUAUCGAAGUGAUGCUUUCUCGUCAAAUGGUCGUCCAACAAUAGUACCUACUACUAGUGUGGGCAAAAGUUGGGAAUCGAGGAUGGGGCGUGGCGAGAAAAUGAGUGCUCUCGAUAUUCAAAAACUCAAAAAAUACUAUUCAUGUUCUUAA